ACACUGGUAAUGGCGGUCCAUUCCCUUGACGCUGGGGGGAAAAAACGAAACGCAACUUGGCGAAAAAUUCGCAGCCGGAGAUGAAGACCAAAAUGCAUCAGAGCGGUUGUUUUAUUUGGAUUCUCCUUUUUUUUUUUCUACCGGGUUCCAUUGCACAAAUAAACGGCAACAACAGUAUCCGUUCAGCCAAGGCAAUCAGUUGGCGCCGGGCACUUUCCCUUAAUUUGGACCAAUUUUUGUGCUUGACGAUUCAUGGUUGACAGGAUAACGAGGCAGAUCGGCUAAAUGAUCAGUAUUCAUUGGCGCUGGCGAUGUGCCAUGGACAGAAUUCGCGGAAAAAUGGCGAGAUCUCGGCAG